AUGGUGAAAAAGUCCAAUGGCACUUACCGAAUGUGUGUAGACUUCACAGAUCUGAACAAGGGAUGUCCCAAAGAUAGCUUCCCGCUGCCAAACAUCGAUCAAUUAGUGGACUCCACAGCAGGCCACGCCCUAUAUGCGUUCCUAGACGCCAAAGCAGGAUACCAUCAAAUACCCAUGGCAUCAGAAGACCAGGAAAAAACGGCUUUCGUAACGGACCAGGGGUUAUUUUGUUAUAAGAUGAUGCCAUUCGGCUUGAAAAAUGCAGGAGCCACAUAUCAGCGGCUGGUGAACUCCAUAUUCAGAGAUCCGAUCGGAAAACACAUGGAAGUUUAUGUGGAUGACAUGAUUAUUAAGAGCGUCAGGACUGAAGACCACCCAACAGAUGUGAAGGUAGUCCUAGAAACACUGAAAAGAUACCAAUUAAAGCUAAAUCCGGAGAAGUGUGUAUUCGGAGUACCAGCGGGCAAGUUUUUGGGAUACAUGGUCUCUCAGCGUGGGAUCGAAGCCAACCCAGACAAAAUUGAAGAAGUUCUAAAAAUGACACCACCCCGGAGCAUACACGAAGUCCAGAAACUCAACGGCCGGAUCACGGCCCUAGGUCGAUUCAUGUCCUGCUCGGCGAAGCGAUGCUUACCUUUCUUCAAGACGCUGAAGCAGAUCAAGAACUUCACAUGGACGGUAGAAUGCCAGACGGCGUUUGAGGAAUUGAAAAGCUUCCUCUCGGCACCCCCACUCUUGGCGAGACCAGAUCCGGGCGACGUAUUAUAUUUAUAUAUCUCUUGUUCUGACAAAACAAUAGCAGGAGUACUGGUAUCGGAGAAAGAAGGAGAACAAUACCCGAUCUACUACGUCAGCAAGGUGCUCAGGGAUACCGAGCUAAGAUACCCAAAGUUGGAGAAACUGGCGUUAUGUGUAUACACCGCCACAAUUAAACUCCGACAUUACUUUGAAGGACACAAAGUUGUUGUACGGACCGACCAACCAUUACGAAAAAUCCUCCAGAAGGCGGAAACAAGUGGACGUAUAGCGGAAUGGGCUGUCAAGGUAGGAAGCUUGGGCGUUAUCUAUGAAGCCCGAAAAGCCUUGAAGGCUCAAGCACUAGCCGACUUCUUCGCAGAAUUAACAUUUACGGAACCGAUGGAAAACAAAGCAGUUCCCUGGGAAAUACACGUCGACGGAGCAGUUUGUGGAGAAGGAGCAGGAAUCAGUGUCGUACUCAAAGGACCAGGGAGAGUCCAAAUGGAAUACUCAGCAAGACUCGAAUUUCCAGCUUCCAACAAUGUUGCGGAAUAUGAGGCGCUAAUAACAAGAUUACAGUUGUGUGAAGACCUCAAUAUCUCCGAAGCCCAGAUUUACAGCGACUCACAACUGGUCGUGAACCAAGUCUCAGGGAACUUCGAAGUAAAGGAAGCUACACUGAAGAAAUACGCCAAGCAAGCCAAAACCUUCUUCGUCUACAAUGGGCGAUCUUGGUCAUUACAACAAUUACCUAGAGCAAUGAAUGGAAGGUCAGACGAAUUAGCAAAGUGGGCCGCAACAAGGAAUUACGAUUCAAUGAAAAACAUCCCUCACGAAGUCAAACAAAAACCCAGCUUCCAAGAGGAAAUUGAAGAAGGCGAAGUACUAAUGGUGGAAGGAGAAGAAACCUGGAUGACUCCCCUCACGGCAUAUUUAGCUGAUGGAAUACUCCCCAAGGAAAGAACGGAAGCCAAAAGGAUAGUCAUACUAUCAUCCAAGAUCGGACUAUACAAUGGCCAGCUAUACAAACGGUCAUUCACCCAUCCCUGGCUGAGCUGUGUUAACAAAGAAGAAGGAGAGUAUAUCAUGAAGGAACUACACGAGGGGACCUGCGGAGCACAUGAUGGAGCGUCAACUCUUGUCAGGAAAGCCCUAUUACAAGGCUACUAUUGGCCUAUGAUGAAAGAGCAAGCAACAACACUGGUAAGAGGAUGUUGGCCUUGCCAACAACAUGCUUUGUUCGGAAUACCGAAGGUGCUGAUCACAGACAAUGGAAAGCAGUUCGACUCAGCAAAAUUCAGAAAGUUCUAUGCAGAAUAUCAGAUCAAUCUAAGGUUCACCUCGGUUUGCCAUCCACAAUCAAAUGGGCAAACCGAAGUGGCCAAUAGAAUUCUAUUGGCCGGAAUAAAAAGAAGACUAGACGAAUACCAAGGAAGAUGGGUAGAAGAACUCUACAGCGUCAUAUGGAACUACCGUACCACCCCUAGAGAAUCAACGGGCGAAACUCCGUUCGCCCCAGCCUAUGGAACGGAGGCUGUAAUUCCUGUAGAGAUUGGCGCGCCUACACCAAGGACAGAAGACAACCAGCUGAACCUAGAAGAAAACGAAGCAGAACUCAGGAACAAUCUGGAUCUCUUGGUCGAAAAAAUCAACAGAUCAGAUAUCAGGAUGGAAGCCUACAGAUAA